AUGUCCUCGUCCCCGCACCCACGGCCCAUCAAGCGAUUGUUGGUCGCCAACAGAGGAGAAAUCGCUGUUCGCAUUCUCCAUGCAGCACGAGAACUACCCGCGGCAAUCGAGACAUUCGCUCUCUACACAUCCGACGACCGGUCACAUUGCGAUCUAGGACGGCCACAACGUGCAGUUCAGAUCCCCUCGGCAUCAUCAUAUCUUGACAUUUCUCUCCUGGUAGACUUAGUGCAGAAAAACUCCAUUGACGCUGUGCAUCCCGGAUAUGGAUUCCUCAGCGAGAGCGCCGAAUUCGCGCAUCGCAUGUGGCACGAGGCCGGCGCCAUCGUCAUAGGGCCUGGAUGGGAGAACCUCGCCCGAACGGGUGAUAAGCUACAAGCAAAGAAACUAGCGCAACAAUGCGGUGUUCCCGUUUUGCAAGCCAUGGACCAGCCCACCGGCGAUGUGGAUGUCGCAUGUGCAUUUGCGAGAAGGUUUGGGUUUCCGGUCAUGAUUAAAGCUGUUGAUGGUGGAGGUGGUCGGGGUAUUCGGCUCGUUCGCGGAGAGAAUGAAUUGGAGAAUAGUAUUCAGCGAGCGAUUGGCGAGUCGCCUUCUCGAUCUGUGUUUGUUGAGAAGGCUGCUGUGGAUGGGUUCCAUCAUGUUGAGAUUCAGAUUAUCGGUGAUGGGACCGGUCAAGUACGACAUCUGUGGGAGAGAGAUUGCAGUGCUCAGCGGCGGUUUCAGAAAGUAGUUGAAUGUGCCCCGGCCUUGAUGCGCGAUCGAACUUUGAUCGGUCGUGUGAUCGAAUCUGCGCUUCGAAUGGCAAGUGAGAUCUCCUAUCGGUCACUGGGAACGUUCGAGUUUUUGGUCAGUGAAGAGCGUGGGGAAUUCUACUUCUUGGAGGUCAACCCGCGGCUUCAGGUUGAGCACACUAUUACGGAAUCCAUCAGUGGGAUCGAUCUGGUGCAGACACAACUUCUCCUGGCACAGGGACACACAUUACAGGAUUUGGGUCUCGGUGCUGAGGUCAAGGCAAACCAUCCUCCACCAAAUGCAUUUUCAAUCCAACUUAGGUUGUGUGCCGAGGAUCCAAGCAACGGGUUUGCUCUAAGCAUUGGCAAGGUUACUGGAUUUUCCUUGCCUAGUGGUAAUGGAAUCCGGGUAGACACCAACGUCAAUGUCUCUGGGCCCGCGCUGGUUGUGGGAUCCAAUUUUGAUAACCUGCUGGCUAAGAUAAUCGUGACCGCUCCCACUUGGGAAGCAACGGUGAGGAAAGCUCAGCGGGUGUUAGCCGAUUCUCGAAUCGACGGCGUGAAGACAAACAUCGGCCUUCUACGCGGGAUUGCGGCACAUCCUGAUUUCAUGGCCGGAAAAGUCGAUACGCAGUGGCUAGGACUUAAUCUCGAGGCAGUACUCCAGAAAGGAGAGAAUAUAUCUAAGAGACUUCGGGGACUUGAGGGUCCACUCCGUCCUUCACAACAAGCCAUUUCCCAAGUUGGCCUGCCCACAUCCAACCUUUUAUUCCGAAAAGGAGAUGCAUGGUCGAUCACACUAGAACCUCUCUCAAAGAAUACCUCGCCAUCAGAUAGGGUCGCACACCAUUUGCGCUUGUCCCGUGUGUUACGAAAUGAGUUCCCUACUUCUCUCACGGCUGAGAUUGAAUACACGACUCCAACCUCACAAACAGCGAUCCCCUACCGGAUGCAACUCGAAACGACAACGACUGCUGCGUCAGCAUUGGUAUCAUCGACACAUCGACGAGGUGAUCCGAAGAAUCCUCAGCAUAUCAUUCUACCCCUGUCAGGCAAGCUGAUAGAGAUGCUGGUGUCAGAUGGGGAAGAUGUCGUUGAAAACCAGGUCCUGGCUUUUGUCAAGCAAAUGAAGAUGGAGCUUGAAGUGCGAAGCCCCCGGAGUGGAAGGGUCAGAUGGGUCUAUGAGAUGGAGGAUGAAGAGGAGGAUGUUGCUGAAGGAAUGCUAUUAGUUGAGUUAGAGCCAAGCAAUGGCAAUGUAGAAGUACGGGGCAAGUUAUGA